AUGUCCAAGCCAGUGCUCCCGCAGAAUGACAAUGUCGCCCACGCUCUCGCUGGUGCCGGCGGUGGUCUACUCUCCAUGGCCUUGACCUACCCGCUCAUCACCCUCUCGACCCGUGCCCAAGUCGAAUCGAAGCGCGCCGACUCGGCCUUCCUCACGGCUGUCCAGAAGAUCGUUGCUCGGGAGGGCGUUUCAGGCCUCUACUCGGGCCUCGAGUCCGCCCUCUUCGGCAUCAGCGUUACGAACUUCGUCUACUACUACUGGUACGAGUGGACCCGCGCCUUCUUCGAGGCCGCCGCCGAGAAGGCCGGCCGCGCGAGCAAGAAGCUCACGACCGUCGAGUCCAUGAUGGCCGGCGCCCUCGCCGGCUCCGCGACCGUCAUCAUCACGAACCCCAUCUGGGUUGUCAACACCCGCAUGACGACCCGAAGCAGCGCCAACACAGAGGGCAAGGACGAAGAGGCACAGACGUCCAAGCCCAAGAAGGCGCCCUCGACCAUCGGUACUCUUCUGGCGUUGAUCAAGAACGAGGGACCGCAGGCGCUCUUCUCGGGCGUCAUCCCCGCUCUGGUGCUCGUCAUCAACCCUAUCCUGCAGUACACCCUGUUCGAGCAGAUGAAGAACACGGUCGAGAAGAAGAGGAGGGUUACGCCGACCAUCGCCUUCUUCCUCGGUGCCCUCGGCAAGCUGUUCGCGACCUCGGUCACCUACCCGUACAUCACGGUCAAGAGCCAGAUGCACGUCGCCGGCAACGGCGAGAAGAAGGAGGGCAUGUCCCAGACCAUUAGCCGGGUCAUCAAAGAGGAGGGCUACGCCGGCCUGUACAAGGGCAUCGGCCCCAAGGUCACCCAGAGUGUGCUGACCGCCGCUUUCCUCUUCGCCUUCAAGGAUGUCCUCUACGAGCAGACCAUCAAGCUCAGGACCCUUGCCGCCAAGAAGCGCGCGUAA